AUGGCUGACUCAACAUGUGUGAAUCAUGCCCAGGAAGACCUGACUGAUGAUCAGAUUCAGCAGUUGCUUCUCGAGGCAGAGACUCGACUGAAGGCCCCCAAUAUGCUAUGCAGCCAGACUGAUGAUCUAGCAUCUCUUAGGAUCCCGAAAUUGUCACCUGGGUCCUCGUUGGAAUCCUAUAUUCGCCAGGGAGAUGACAUUGCUACUGUUGAUGCUACAAAGAUCACCGAUCAACAGCAGAAGGGGUUGGCCAACUCUCUUCGCGUGAUUGAGAUCAAGAAAGUGAAUACUGAUAAGCCCACUGCUGGGCCUGAGUGGUUCAACCUCCCCAAGACAGAAAUGACCCCAGAGCUCAAGAGGGAUCUGCAGCUCAUCAGGAUGCGCUCUGUGCUUGAUCCCAAGCGUCACUACAAGAAAGAGAAUGGCAAGGCCAAACCACCAGAAUAUUCUCAGGUUGGAACAAUCAUUGAGGGCCCUGCCGAGUUCUUUAGCAAUCGUAUAACCAAGAAGGACCGCAAGAAGAACUUUGUCGAGGAAACAUUGGCACUCGAGCGUGGUACCAAGCGCUUCCAGGCCAAAUACAGGGACAUUCAAGCCAAAAAAUCAAGCGGAAAGAAGUCUUUCUACAAGGACCUGCAGGCUAAGAGAAUCCGGAAGAAUAAGUGA